AUGUCUUCUCGUCCAGAACUUAAGGUUGACGACGAAGUCGGCUUCAUUCGUUUUUAUCGUUCCCUCGCAGCAAACAGCAACGAUGAAACUAUCCGCGUUUUUGACCGCGGUGACUGGUAUUCUGCGCAUGGCGCCGAAGCCGAGUUCAUCGCUCGCACUGUGUAUAAGACCACAUCUAUACUCCGCAACCUAGGCCGCAGCGACUCCGGAGGCCUUCCCUCCGUUACCAUGAGCGUGACCGUCUUCCGCAACUUCCUGCGCGAAGCUCUCUUCCGACUCAACAAGCGUAUUGAAAUUUGGGGCUCAGUCGGAAUGGGUAAAGGCCAUUGGAAGCUGGUAAAACAAGCUAGCCCGGGAAACCUCCAAGACGUGGAAGAAGAGCUGGGUAGCGUUGGUGGAUUAUCCAUGGACUCGGCUCCUAUUAUCUUAGCCGUGAAGAUCUCAGCCAAGGCCGCAGAGGCUAGGAAUGUGGGAGUGUGCUUUGCGGACGCCAGUGUGCGGGAACUCGGUGUCAGCGAGUUUCUGGAUAACGACAUCUACUCCAACUUUGAGUCGCUUAUUAUCCAGCUCGGGGUCAAGGAGUGUCUGGUGCAGAUGGACUCUAAUAAAAAGGACGUUGAGUUGGGGAAGAUUCGAGCUAUUGCGGAUAGCUGCGGGAUCGCCAUCUCCGAGAGGCCAGUGGCUGAUUUCGGUGUCAAAGAUAUUGAGCAGGAUCUGACAAGGUUGUUGAGGGAUGAGCGGUCGGCUGGUACGCUGCCGCAGACAGAGUUGAAGCUUGCUAUGGGCUCGGCGUCUGCAUUGAUUAAAUACCUUGGUGUUAUGUCUGAUCCUACGAAUUUCGGCCAGUACCAGCUCUAUCAGCACGAUUUGUCACAGUUUAUGAAGUUGGAUUCCUCGGCGCUGCGUGCUCUCAACCUUAUGCCUGGUCCGCGGGACGGAUCGAAGACUAUGAGUUUAUUUGGCUUGUUGAAUCACUGCAAGACGCCUAUUGGGAGUAGAUUGCUUGCGCAGUGGCUCAAGCAGCCGUUGAUGGAUUUGGCAGAAAUCGAGAAGAGACAGCAGCUUGUGGAGGCUUUUGUCGUCAACACGGAGCUGAGACAGACUAUGCAGGAGGAGCAUCUUCGCUCCAUCCCGGAUCUGUACAGACUAGCGAAGCGGUUCCAGCGCAAACAGGCAAACCUGGAGGAUGUCGUGCGGGUGUAUCAGGUUGCUAUUCGUUUGCCUGGCUUUGUCAACUCUCUCGAGAAUGUGAUGGAUGAAGAAUAUCAGACGCCUCUGGAGACGGAGUACACUUCCAACCUCCGGAGUCACUCCGACAGCUUAGUGAAACUGGAGGAGAUGGUUGAGACUACGGUUGACCUUGAUGCGUUGGAGAACCAUGAGUUCAUCAUCAAACCUGAGUUUGAUGAGAGUCUGCGGAUCAUCAGGAAGAAGCUGGACAAGCUCCGUCAUGAUAUGGGCGUUGAGCACCGCAGGGUAGCUCGGGACCUCGAUCAAGAUAUGGAGAAGAAGUUGUUCUUGGAGAACCACAGGGUGCAUGGAUGGUGCUUCCGACUUACUCGCAACGAGUCCGGCUGUAUCCGCAAUAAGAGAGAGUACCAGGAAUGCUCUACACAGAAGAACGGCGUCUACUUUACUACGUCGACUAUGCAAACACUUCGCCGGGAGCAUGAUCAACUGUCCUCGAACUACAACAGAACUCAGACUGGCCUGGUGAAUGAGGUUGUCAAUGUCGCUGCGUCCUACUGUCCUGUCCUGGAACGACUUGCCGGUGUCCUAGCACACCUCGAUGUCAUUGUAAGCUUCGCUCAUGCUUCUGUCCAUGCGCCGACCCCCUAUGCUCGGCCCAAGAUGCACCCACGAGGCACCGGAAACACGAUUCUCAAGGAAGCGCGUCACCCCUGUAUGGAGAUGCAGGAUGACAUUUCAUUCAUCACUAAUGACGUGGCUUUGGUCCGAGACGAGUCUUCCUUCCUGAUUAUUACUGGUCCAAACAUGGGAGGUAAAUCAACUUAUAUUCGCCAGAUUGGCGUUAUCGCUCUCAUGGCUCAAACGGGCUGUUUUGUGCCUUGCACGGAAGCAGAAUUAACCAUCUUUGACUGCAUCCUUGCACGUGUUGGUGCAAGUGAUUCACAGCUCAAGGGAGUGUCUACUUUCAUGGCUGAGAUGCUCGAGACAUCCAAUAUUCUCAAGUCGGCAACGUCCGAGUCUCUUAUCAUCAUCGAUGAGCUCGGACGCGGUACAAGCACAUAUGAUGGAUUCGGCCUAGCAUGGGCCAUCUCCGAACAUAUCGUCACAGAGAUUCGCUGCUUCGGUCUUUUCGCUACUCAUUUCCAUGAAUUGACAGCUCUUGCCGAUCGAUACCCCAAGUCUGUCAAGAACCUGCACGUAGUCGCCUUCAUCGGCGAUGGUACCGACGAUGACAGUGAAGAUAAAAAAUCCAAGCGCAACCAGGUCACUCUCCUGUACCGUGUCGAACCUGGCAUUUGUGACCAAUCAUUCGGUAUCCAUGUUGCCGAAUUGGUCCGCUUCCCGGAGAAAGUGGUCAAUAUGGCCCGUCAGAAGGCAGAGGAACUUGAAGACUUUACUUCAUCGGAACAGCAAGGCCAGCAGUCAUCCAUGGCGAUCGAUGGAUACUCGCAGGAAGAAGUUGAGGAGGGCAGUGCCCUUCUCAAAGCGAUGUUGUUGAAGUGGAAGGCGGAGACCGAGUCCUCUGGUAAAGAAUUGACAGUGGAAGAGAAGCGACAGAUCAUGCGUGAUCUUGUCGAAGCGGAUGAGAAGCUGCAAGCGAACAAGGUCUUCCAGGGCAUCAAGGCUUUGUAG